AUGCCCCCUCGCGAGAAGGACGUGUACUUUGCCAAGCUUGCUGAGCAGGCGGAGCGGUACGAUGAGAUGGCCGACCACAUGAAGAACGUGGGCAAUGCGGACUCAGAGCUCUCCGUUGAGGAGCGCAACCUGCUGUCCGUGGCCUACAAGAACACCGUUGGCUCUCGUCGUGCUGCCUGGCGCAUCAUCACCAGCGUCAUGCAGAAGGAGACUACCAAGGGCAACACGGAGAACGCUGCCUAUGCCAAGGAGUACUGCAAGAAGGUUGAGGAUGAACUUCAGUCCAUCUGUGACACCAUCCUCGCCCUCCUGGAUGGCAAGCUCAUCGCUAAGGCCAGCAGCGGAGAGUCCAAGGUCUUCUACCAGAAGAUGAAGGCGGACUACUACCGCUACAUUGCCGAGUUCCGCGAUGGUGAUGCCAAGAGCCAAGCGGCAGAGAAGGCCCGCCAAGCCUACCAAGAGGCCGAGGACGUGGCCAAGAAGGAUCUGGCAGUGACCCAUCCAAUUCGCCUAGGACUGGCCCUGAACUACUCCGUGUUCAUGUAUGAGGUGCUGGGCAACCCAGAUGAUGCAUGCAAGAUGGCUCGCACGGCUUUCGAGGAUGCGAUUGCGGAGUUGGACAAUGUGGCAGAGGAUUCCUACAAGGAUUCGACUCUGAUUAU